AUGUAUUUUGUGAAAAAUGGAUGGCCAAAGAACUUUAAAGAUCUUGAUCAUAAUGUCAAACAAUUUUGGACAUUUCGAGAUGAAUUAGGAUUAAUUGAUGGAAUAAUUCUUAAAAGUAAUUUAAUUGUUAUACCAGAAUCUUUAAGAAAAGAUAUGUUGCAUAAUAUUCAUCAAGGACAUGCAGGCUUGAGUACUUGUAAAAUAAGAGCUAGAUCUUGCGUUUUUUGGCCAGAGAUAAAUAAAGAUUUAGAAGUAUAUGUACGACAGUGUACUCCCUGUGCCAAAUACAGACCUAAUAUCCAAAAAGAACCGCUUAUUCAUCAUACUGUAGAGAAGAUACCUUGGCACAAAAUUGGAAUUGACAUAUGUACUUUAGAUAAAACAGACUUUCUUAUAUUAGUAGACUACUACUCAAAAUUCCUUGAAGUGUGUAAAUUAGAUAAUUUGUCAAGUGAAUGUGUAAUUACUAAUUGUAAAUCUAUUUUUGCAAGACAUGGAAUACCGGCUUAUGUAGUAACAGACCCUGGUACUCAAUUCACCUCAGAACAAUUUAAGAAAUUUGCUAAUGUUUAUAAUUUCAUUCAUGUGAAAACAAGUCCAAAGCAUUCACAAUCUAAUGGACAGUCAGAAAGUGGAGUAAACAUUUUUAAAAAUAUAAUGAAAAAAUGUACAGAAGAUGGGUCUGACCCAUACCUUGGGCUUCUGAACUAUCGAAACACUCCUAAGUUAUAUAUGCCAUCUCCUGCACAGUUGUUGUACUCAAGAAACCUAAAUUCACUAUUGCCUUUCUCAAAAAAUAAAUUAAAACCCAAAAUAAUGUCCUAUGGAGUAAAGUAUGAUAAUCAUAUUAAGAAUGUAAAAAACUACUAUGAUAAAAAUGCCAAACCUCUAUCAGAAUUAAAUAUAGGGCAGAAAGUUUUUUUUAAAAAGACAUUAGAUUCUAAUUGGAUAAAGGGGACAAUUUUAAAAAAAUGUGAUGAGCCUCGUUCAUAUCUGGUGGUGGAUGAGAAAGGAAUAGCUUAUAGAAGAAACAGAAAAUAUUUGAUGCCUUAUAUUGAACCUAAAAAUUAUAGUGUAAAUGAAAAGACUAAUAUAAAUAACAUUGACAGAUUUGGUGACUAUGGACCUGAUGUGUCGUUACCUAAUAAAGUUGUAUCUGUGCCUGAGUCAAACGUGAUGUCAGGACCUGAUAAUGAAUAUUUAAGAAAUGUUUUUACUGAUAAUAUUGUUAAGGAACAAAAUGAUACUGAUGUAUGUGUAGAGAGAAACAUUGUGCAUUUAGAAGACAAUGUUGUAUCUGGAGAUUGUUCUACAUUAAGUGAUGAGUGUGUAGUUAUUGGAAAAAAUACUGUAAAUCUAGAAUACAGAGAUGUUAAUAAAGAUAUUUCUAGUAUAAGCUCUGGUUGUGCAAUAGAGGUACCAACUAUAAUAAAAAGUAGAAAAGGUAGAGUUAUAACGAAACCUCGUAGAUUUAAGGAUUAUGUUGAUUUUCAUUCUGAGUCUGAUUAA